AGUGUUCUGUGUGCAGUUUCCAUGUCAUGGAUCAUGAAAGACGGCGCUGCUCAAGGGUUCUGUGAAGGUAAUUUACGCGGAGCUCCAGUUAGUUUCACUCUGACAGCAGAUGAGGAAGUCAAACUCUGUCCGAGAACGAGUAAGAACAGGAAUGGGUUUGUGAGAGAAAUUGAUCUGGAUUAACUCACAACAUGUUCCUGGUUUUGGAAGGAUGACACCAAAUCUUUGAGGAAUAAACACCUCAUACGUUUCUAAGACUACCUUGGCAUUAAGUCACUUCUGGACCCUCAUCUGACUGGAUUACGCACCUUAUCUGCCUAAUGUUUCCACCACUGAGCUUCAGCACGAGAUGGUGUGCUGGGAACUUGGCUGUUUGACAGAGACUCGACAGAAAUGUCGAAGUCAAGUGGACAGGGGAUGUUUAACAGUGAACUUCCCCAGUUCCUGAUUGGAAGUGAGGGUGGUGAGAGCAGAGAGCUGGAUGACACAGACAUGAGGAAGAUCUCAGGACAUUACGGAGAGGAGGAGGAGGAGGAGGAGGAGGAGGAUGAGGAUCAGUCAGAGCGUCAGAUUGUAGUGGGGAUCUGCUCCAUGAUGAAGAAAUCCAAAUCCAAACCAAUGACUGAGAUUCUGGAGAGGCUCUGUAAGUUUGAGUACAUCACUGUGGUCAUUUUUCCAGAGGAGGUUAUACUCAACGAACCGGUGGAGAAGUGGCCGUUGUGUGACUGCCUCAUUUCCUUCCAUUCCAAAGGAUUUGCCCUUGACAAAGCUGUAAGUUAUUCCAAACUAAGAAACCCCCUCCUUAUCAACGACCUCGAUAUGCAGUAUUUCAUUCAAGACAGGAGGGAAGUGUACAGGAUUCUACAGGAAGAGGGCAUUGACCUUCCUCGCUAUGCAGUGUUGAACCGGGACCCUGACAGACCAGAGGAAUGUAACCUGGUGGAGAGCGAGGACCAUGUGGAAGUGAACGGGGAAGUGUUUCACAAACCCUUUGUGGAGAAGCCCGUCUCCGCUGAGGACCACAAUGUCUACAUCUAUUACCCAACCUCUGCUGGCGGCGGCAGCCAGCGUCUCUUCAGAAAGAUCGGCAGUCGGAGCAGUGUGUAUUCUCCUGAAAGUACUGUUCGCAAGACUGGAUCUUAUAUCUACGAGGAGUUCAUGCCCACAGAUGGCACUGAUGUUAAGGUUUACACAGUUGGACCUGAUUAUGCUCACGCUGAAGCCCGUAAGUCUCCUGCUCUGGAUGGGAAAGUGGAGAGAGACAGUGAGGGGAAGGAGAUCCGUUAUCCUGUGAUGCUCACCGCAAUGGAGAAGCUUGUGGCCAGAAAAGUGUGUCUUGCAUUUAAGCAAACAGUCUGUGGUUUUGACCUCCUCCGAGCAAAUGGUCACUCUUUCGUUUGUGACGUUAAUGGCUUCAGCUUUGUAAAGAACUCCAUGAAGUACUAUGAUGAUUGUGCCAAAGUCCUGGGGAACAUGGUGAUGCGAGAGCUGGCUCCUCAGCUCCAUAUUCCCUGGUCAAUCCCCAUGGAAGCAGAAGACAUCCCUAUCGUCCCGACUACCUCAGGGACCAUGAUGGAGCUGCGUUGUGUUAUUGCUGUAAUUCGCCAUGGUGACCGUACGCCAAAACAGAAGAUGAAGAUGGAGGUCAGGAACGCCCUGUUUUUUGAGUUGUUUGAGAAGUAUGGUGGCUAUAAGUCUGGAAAACUCAAGCUGAAGAAACCAAAACAGCUCCAGGAAGUGCUGGAUAUUGCUCGUCAGCUGUUGGCAGAACUGGUCCUGCAUAAUGAUUGUGAGAUUGAGGAGAAGAAAUCCAAGCUAGAACAACUGAAGACGGUUCUGGAGAUGGAAUCCAGCCUGAAUGAUAAUCAGUAUGGCCAUUUCUCAGGGAUCAACAGGAAGGUGCAGCUGACCUACCUCCCAAAUGGGCAGCCCAAAGCAUCCAGUGAAGAGGAAGACGCUCUGAAGGAGGGCCCAUCUCUACUGCUGGUGCUGAAGUGGGGCGGUGAGCUGACGCCAGCGGGUAGAGUUCAGGCUGAGGAGCUUGGACGAGCCUUUCGUUGCAUGUACCCUGGAGGACAAGACAGCUGCAGGUCCCUCGGCUGUGAGUCCCCUAUUGACUGUGGCGACUAUGCCGGCUUCCCUGGUUGUGGCCUUCUCCGUUUACACAGCACUUACCGCCAUGACCUCAAAAUUUACGCAUCAGAUGAGGGUCGUGUUCAGAUGACUGCAGCAGCUUUUGCAAAGGGUCUGUUAGCACUGGAAGGAGAGCUGACUCCAAUCCUCGUUCAGAUGGUGAAGAGUGCCAACAUGAACGGAUUGCUGGACAGCGACAGCGACUCUCUCACUGACUGCCAGCAGAGAGUCAAAGCUCGAUUACAUGAGAUCAUGCAGAAGAACAAAGACUUCAAUGAGGAGGACUACAGCAAGUUGGCUCCAACAGGCAGCCCAUCUCUGGUGAACUCUAUGGGGGUAAUCUUCAAUCCAGUCAGUACUUGUGAUCGAGUUCACACACUCAUUAAAAGCCUUACUUGUCAGAUCUGUAAAAGGCUGGAAGACCCCAAAUCUGCAGAUCUACAACUAUACCACAGUGAGACUCUGGAGCUCAUGCUGCAGCGCUGGUCCAAACUGGAGCGUGACUUCCGCAUGAAAAACGGCCGCUAUGACAUCAGUAAGAUCCCAGAUAUCUAUGACUGUGUGAAAUACGACACCCAACACAAUUCUUCUCUGGGGCUGGAGGACACGCUGGAGCUUUUCCGUCUGUCCAGAGCACUUGCAGACAUCAUUAUCCCACAGGAGUAUGGAAUCACUAAAGCAGAGAAGCUGGAUAUUGCCAGUGCCUACUGCCUACCUCUGGUCAAGAAGAUUCAGCUGGAUCUUCAGAGAACCCAUGAGGACGAGGCUGUCAACAAGCUGCAUCCACUGUGGUUCAGGUACUCGCGGGGCGUGAUGUCUCCGGGUCGACAUGUUCGAACCCGGCUGUAUUUCACCAGCGAGAGCCACGUCCACUCCCUGCUUAACAUCUUUCGCUACGGAGGCCUGUUAGACGAGCUAAAAGAUGAACAGUGGAAGCAGGCUAUGGACUACCUCAGCGCUGUAACUGAACUCAACUAUAUGACACAGAUUGUUAUUAUGCUGUAUGAGGACAAUAACAAGGACCCCUCUUCAGAGGAACGUUUCCAUGUGGAGUUGCACUUUAGCCCGGGAGUGAAGGGGUGCAAGGAUGAGGAGAAUGCACCAAUGGGUUUUGGCUUCCGGCCUGCCUCCUCCGAGAACCACGAGAUGCAGACAGACCCAGGCAGUCUUGAAGACCUUUCUCAAGACGAGCCUGACAGAGCUGCACUGACUGAGCCAAUCAGCAUUCAGAGGAAGUCACCACUCAUACGAGGCCGAAAGGCUGGAUCUAUGGAGGCUCUUUCAGAGAGCAACACUUCUUCUCGAGGGCUGGCGUAUCGCAUCUUCCCAUCGACUUCUCGUCAGUCACCUGAGAUCAAACCCAGCGGGCUAGGCGCCCAGUGUGCGGGCCUCUUCAGUGCCUCCUUCCCCAACCUGAGAGACCUAGCACGAGUUCCCCGCAAAAAGCCCUGCUCGCUCAGGAGUCGGUCUUCUCAAACCGAGCUGCUCUCUAUGCCAGCAGUAAAGAGAUUUUCUGUGUCGUAUGCCAGGCAUCCGACUAAUGGGUUUGAAGGUUGCUCCUUGGUGCCCUCCAUCUAUCCACUGGAGACACUGCACAACUCGCUGUCCCUCAAGCAGGUGGACGAGUUCCUCACCACGUUGUGUAAAAAUGGGAGCGAGACACAAUUCAAGAGGCUCAAAUCCCUGUCUGCCAUGUUUGAGUCACACUCCCAGCCAUCCAUAGAUGUUGAUAAUCAGGAGACACCAAUAUCAACUCCAGUCCAGAACCAACCAGCUUCACAGUCUCUCUGGUACACGAGCAGCCCUCCCAGUACUGUAUCCAGUUCUGGGCCUUCGUCUCCAUCUGUGCCCGAGCCCUCAUCCAACUUCAGAUUCAACAGCGAGUAGAAACAUCUUUUACUCUUAGAUCAGUUUCACAGUGUCUGUUUUAAAGGAUUGAGGUUAAGAUUGAUAUGGUCCAUGUUAUCUACUUGGAAGCUGCUAAUAUUGUACUAUCUGCACUUCUACCUUAACAAUACAGAGGCUCUUUGUCUGAGAUUAAGCUGAUAGUUUGAUCUUUCAGCAAAUACAGCUC